GUGGCCCCAAAACGAGGAUUAAACUUAUCUCCUCCAACCCUGUUUCCUUCAGGAUUGCCCAAACAGAACCCCGGAGUUACAGCAAGGCGCCCCCAAACCGUCCUCGACCCCCUCAAUGGAAACAAAACACGGAGCUUCAGCUCAUGCCAACGUCUAAGCAGCCCGUCGCGAUGGGUGCCUCGCGGCCUGAGCCACCCGCCAAGCCGCUCCCGCCUGACCCGAUCCCGAAGGAUCUGCAGGAUUCCUCUGGAGACAGACCGGGCCCUCCUAUACGCCCGUUGCCUCCUGACCCCAUUCCCAAAAUCCAGGUGCCAGGCCCCCCCAAACCUCCCCCACCCCAGAAGCCGCUGCCUUUGGAUCCGCUCCGGGCCGUACCCAGCUGUGAUCCUGAGGUCCAGAUGUUGCCAUCCAGGCCUGCCCCUCCACCUCCUCCCCCCACGCUGGCCAGCUCUUCAGGAUACCCCCACGAAAUAUAACUUGGCUCGCUCGCAUCGAGCGCCCCCUUCGACGUUGCACAAGGCACUUCCGGAGGAAAGGACCGUCCGCCAUCUUUCCCCAUCGCUCGCUUGGCUGUAGAUUUUGCAGAACGACAGGCUCCCCCCCCACUCCAUCCGUCGCAAGCACGGGGCAGCGAUGGGGGAUUUGUCCGGGAUGGACAUUUGGGCGGCCAUUUUGACUGUCUCCUGCUUCUGAAUCCUCUCCGGCCCAGGGGAAUUCUGGGAAAAAAAAUAUUUGCACUAGCAAGGCGAACUCUCCGUGGCGCCCCCUGGAGAGGCAGUUUGUGGAUGUGCGUGUCACACACCCGUGAGUGUGUGUGUGUGUGUGUGUGUGCAAGAGGAAAGCUAGUCUCCAACGGAAGUGGAUUCCUCAUCACUGGACUAGCUGGGACGCCAUCUUUUUUUUUUCUUUUUCCUUAAUAAAAAGGGAUUUUUGGGGCAAAUCCUCUGGUUUUUGGAUCAAGGAACAGUUGACAGGGUAGCGCUCGACUUACAACUGUUCGUUUAGUGACCGUUUGAAGUGACUGGGUGCCCUUAAAAAAAGUGACUUUAUAUUAUGGCCAUUUUUCACACUUAAUGACCAUUUAAGCCUCCCACGCAGUCCCGUGAUCCAUAUUCAGCCGUUUGGCAACUGACUUAUGUCCUUAUGAGGGUUACAUGAUUCCCUUUCCAGUUCCAGGGGGGGGAAGCCUGAUUCGCUUAACGACGGUGUGGCUCAUUGAACCCCUGAAAGCGAUUCACGUCAACGAACGUGGCGGGGAAAGGCGUAACGUGGGGGCAAACCUCAUUUAGGACAAAGGUCUCGCUUAGUGGCAUAAAUUUGGGGCUCCGUUGUGGUCGUAAAUUGAGGACUGCCUGUAUUCUCUCUCCCCCCCCCCCCAGUCUCUGCAUUAUUCCUCCACUAGAGGGCACUUCAGUCCGUCAUCUCUCCCAAACUUGCCUUUCAUUUGAUUUAAUUUAAUUUAUUUUAAUUUGAUUUAUUAAACGAGUGAAAAAUGAAGCAGCUAUGAAGUGAAAGAAAUGGCAGAAGGGCUCGGCAGUGGAAAGUUUGCCCCACUUUAUGACCUUCCUUGACACGGUCGUUCAGCGAAUCACUGCCGUUCUUCAAGUCAGUUCACACGGUUGUUUAGCGAAUCCAGUUUUCCCCAUGGGAGGUCGCAAAAGGAGGACCAAGGCACUAAAACUGUCAUAACUACGAGUCAGCUGCCGAGUAUCUGAAUUUCAACCAUGCAGGGAACUCUGCGGUGGUCAUAAGUGUGGAAAACGGCCGCAAAUCCCUUUUUGUCAGUGCUGUUGUAACUUCGGUUACUAAAUGAUCGGUCAUAAGUGGAGGACUCCCUGUACAGAGGGAACGGAGGCCUCGUGAGGUAAAAAGCGAUGAACGGGAUGUUGGGAAGGUCUGAUAAGAAAUUCCUUGACUUGCAAACGUUCAUUUAGCGACCAACGUGAACGGCGCUGGGGGAAAAAAAGGCGAUUCGUGACUGGUCCUCGCACUUAUGACCGUCGUCGCAGCCUUCCCCACAAUCACGGGAUCAAAAUCGGGGCGCUGGGCAGCCGGGUGGUAUUUAAAACAGUAGCAAUUCGAGGCCACGUGGCCGCAACCUUCCCAGCUGGCAAAACCAAUGGGAGGGGAGAAGCCGGAUUCACUUAACGACGGAUUUGCUCAACAAGCCUGGCCAAAAUAAUAAUAAUAAUCGGGCGUGAUUCGUUUUAACAACCCCGCUUGUUCUUACGACCUUUUCCGGUGCCAUCAGAAGCUUCUAAAGGGUCGCGAAAUGAAAGUUUGUAAACAGGCCUCUUGAUAAUAUCACCAGAUGUUGACACCUCCGUGAUUCGGUUUCACCCAGAUAGACUGCCUUUGGAGUUGGAGGUUCUGGCGGAUCCAGCUAGACGGCAACUCCUUGCCUUUGCAGGUGACACCUGGCCAGCUCUGAAGCAGGUGGCACUUACCUACAUAGAUAAAGCUGUAUAAAUAAACAUUUAUUUAUCU